CGUGUUUUAAGAUAGUAUCGCCACAAAGUAGACAGUCAAUUAAAACACAUCAAUGACUGUGAGAGCUGCCAUGCUCCUGUUUUGUCAUGUAUGAUCAAAAGUAUUUCUUCAUUCUCCAGGGUAAUAUAUUUUUUUUUUAUUGGAGGAAGCAAGCAUCUCACCUGAGUUGAGAAUGUCAACAAUCAAUGCUCAUCAACAACUACUUUUUCAGUUCCAACGAGAGCUUCAGUUAUGAAGCUCUCCGAGCUGCGGGUUAUAGUAAUUAUGGCGGUGCAGAUCUCGGCGAGGUGAUAGCCAUAUGCUCACAAAUCCGACCUGGAAAUGAAGAUGACUGGGUGCGUGAAUGGCAAAAAGCUGCGCAACGGGCGUAUGGGUACGCAGAUCACUCGAAAGUAGUAAACAACAAAGCAAGUGCAUACGAGGGGUAUCUUCGUGCAUCGAACUAUUUCCGUACGGCUGAAUUCUUUCGUAGAGAAAAUGUUGAUAGAGAUGAAACGUCAAACUUUUUGUAUGAAAAAUCAGAAAAUGCUUUUUUAGAAGCAAUGGAACUGUCUCCAUUUACUUACGAAUCCAUCAACAUCCCAUAUGAAGCGACAACAUUGCCAGGAUAUUUUGUCAGCCUAGACGGGACAAAAAAAGCGCGUCGUACCAUCAUCUUUAACGGUGGCUAUGACUCAACUCGAAGUGAAGGAUGGUUUGCAAUUGGAGCGGCAGCUUUGGCUCGGGGAUAUAACUUCCUUGCAUUUGAUGGACCGGGUCAGGGUGCUGCCAUUCGAAGACAGCAUCUUUACUUCCGACCUGACUGGGAGAAUGUGCUCACCCCUGUUGUUGACUAUGCAUUGACUCGCGCAGACAUCGACGCCAGCGGCAUCGUCUUAUUUGGCUGGAGUAUGGGCGGAUAUCUUGUGGCGCGAGGAGCCACACAGGAGCAUCGGGCUCGUGCAAUAAUUCUAGAUGAUGGAGUGUACGAUUUUGGUUCCGCCUUCCGAGCGAAACAGCCCCUUUUUGUGCAAAAGCUGGUCCAACUGAAGUAUGAUUCGAUCUGCAAUCUCAUUUUUCGCGGUGUGCAAGCCUUUUCCACUAAUGCCAGUUGGGGAAUGCGAAAUGGCAAAUGGACAUUCGGUGUCUCGUCCGAGGCAGAGUUAAUGCGUGCAGUGAACGACUAUACCUUGGAAGGGCGCUGUGAAAAUAUCAGAACGCCGUGUUUGAUACUCGAUGCGGAGAACGACCACUUUCUGAAGGGCCAACCGGAGAUGUUACGGAAGCAUUUGCAAUGUGAACAUGAACUAGUUAGUCUACGAGCAGAUGAAGGGGGAGACAAGCAUUGUCAUCAUGGAACCUUCUUUCGCUUACAUCAAGUACUGUUCGAUUACUUAGAAUCACAAUUGGCCCUGGACGAAAGAAUGUGAAUGUAUAAGGAAAUAUACAUGACUCUUUUCCGAACUCAAAACGACACCAAAAUUUCAAUGUGGUUAGGUUACAUUCGUUGGAACUCGGGAUUUUGAGUAUUUUUGUGAUCUGAGACGAGGGCGUCCCUGCAAUAAUCUGUGGCGUAGAAACCGAAAUAGCCUAGUCUGGCGGGCGUAGCUGCCGUAGUUGCUGAGAUGAAGGCCUAUGACGUCAUGCAACAUCGAGUGAAAAUCUUCACCAGAAGUAGGUCAACUUGGUCCCAAUAGGUCGCUGGACGGCACGGUUGUGGUCUUCGCUGUGCAUUGGUGUAGUGUGAGUAUUUAUGGCUCUCUUGCAUGGGAGAGCGGCGAGUUUGAUCUAUUAUCUACUUGACGCAAUUUCUGAAUUACUAUGGGGUAUCAAGUACGACAAAAGAACCUAUAGAAUGCAUGAGAGCUGAGGAAUAGAUUAAGCCUUCCAAU